AUGCGUUAUCAGGUCCUUCUCUCCUUGAUGCUGUCCAGCCAGACAAAGGAUCAGGUGACCUCGGCAGCCAUGGCCAAGUUACGGGAACAUGGACUAAAUGUACAGAGGAUUCUGGAAACUGAUGAAGAGACUUUGGGGAAGCUAAUCUAUCCAGUAGGAUUUUGGAAGAGCAAAGUAAAAUACAUCAAGCAGACCACUGAGAUACUGCAGGAGAGAUACAGAGGCGACAUACCUGAUAUAACGUAGCCGAGCUGGUGAAACUUCCUGGGGUGGGCCCCAAAAUGGCUCAUCUGGUCAUGGACAUUGCUUGGAACAGGGUAUCGGGGAUUGGUGUGGACACUCAUGUACAUCGAAUUUCCAACCGACUGAAGUGGGUAAAGAAAGAGACCAAGAAUCCAGAAGACACUCGGGUGGCCCUUGAAGACUGGAUGCCCAGGGAUCUUUGGAGUGAGAUUAACUGGCUUUUAGUGGGGUUCGGGCAGCAGAUGUGCCUCCCUGUGACACCUCGAUGUUCCGAGUGUCUGAACAGAGACAUCUGUCCUGGAGCCAAGAAAAAGUGA